GAAGACCAUAUAUCAACGACACAGGAAGACUUCUCGUAGCAAACUUCUCCUACAAGGCUACCAUGGUUGUUAGGCGUGGCCGCACAUGGAGACGGCGACGACGUAGAAAAGACGAAAACAGACCAGUGUCUAUUGCACACGAGGAGUCUUUCGUUCGCUUCUUCCAGUGGCUACACAGAAAUGGCUGCAGAAAUGUGCCGCUGAAACCCGCCGUCUUUCCCGACACUGGUCGGGGAAUGAUGGCGACAAAAGCUUUAAAGCACGGAGAACUUAUUCUGGCGAUCCCAAAGAGACUUCUCAUUACUAUUGAGGCCAUCAUGGACUCCUAUCUCGCACCUUAUAUUGAACGGGCUGAUCCUCGGCUAACCCCCACACAGGCCCUCGCAGUUUUCCUCAUCUGCGAAAAACACAGGCGGGAAAAAUCCUACUGGCGACCUUACAUCGACAUCCUACCCGACGAGUACUCGUGCCCAGCGUACUUCACCGAAGACGACUUCCGACUUUUGCCGAACUCCCUCCGAGGAAGGGCGAAGGCGAAGAAGUACGAGUGUCACAAAGUGUACAAAGAGCUCACGCCGUUCUUCGAGUCACUUGCAGAUCUGUUUUCUGACCGAGAGGACGUUUUCAACUUCCAAAAUUUCAAGUGGGCGUGGUCAGCGAUCAAGACGCGGGCUUUGGACGUGCCCAUUGGACGGGAAACUGGCGCUCAUCUCCGAGACACAGACACCCCCACCCCCACCAUGUUUCCAUUGGUAGACUCCAUCAAUCAUUCAGCGCAAGCGAAGAUCCGACAUCGCUACAACGACAAGAGCCAGUUCCUGGAGAGCCGUACGGAGUCGGUGUACAGGAGGCACGCCGAGGUCAUGAACAGUUACGGGCGGGCAGACAACGACAACCUCCUGCUGGAGUUCGGCUUCGUCGUCCCCGGCAACCCCGCGGACACCGUCACGUUCAACCUGGUUCAGGACGUUCUGGAGUAUCUACAACCUGAAAACAACGCGAUGUUGGAGAGGAAGAUCAUGUUUCUGGCGCGAAACAAUCUCAUCAGCGACCUGACCUGUGGUGUUACUGGCGUGUCCCCACAAAUGCUGACUGUGUUGAUGGUGUUUCUGUGCAAACAGGACGACGAGGAUGUCUGGGAGGAUCUGAGAACAGGGCAGUUUGAAGCGGACGGAGCUCUGGACGUCCGUGCACGGAAAGUAGCUGGUCAACUUCUGUCUCUACGACUCCAGACAUAUCCUACUACCAUACAGGAAGACGAGGAAAUGUUAAAGGAAGUGACGUCAGCAUGUGGGCGCCUCGCGGUGUAUUGUGGGAUAGAGAGGAAGAAGCUGAUAGAAAAUGGUUUGAAAAUGCUGCAGCACAGCUCCAAGGUCGCCAUUGCCAAGGGCGUCCUCAGAAAACUCUUCUCUCGAUAGGAACGUUAGCCGUCAGAAUCGGUUUUAAGAAUGGCAAUAUUAAAGCGAUAUUAUGUAAGAAUUUUGGACCAAAACUGUAAACAUACAUAAUUGAAAUUUUAUCAUCUAGAUUUUCAUUUUCAAUAACGUUUAACAUAUUAGCAUUGCUUUGUCGCUUUUCCAGCGACUCAGUGCAGCGCCAGAAUAAGUUGCGCCAGGCCCGCUGUAUUUUUAGGAGGCACCUAAAAAGAAUGUAAACAAACAGCGCUUUUUGCUCGAGUAUCUUCGGCAGCUUCAAACACGUUUUUGCGGCGCAAUGAACUUGAUCUUUUACUUCUCAAAUGGCAUUAUGAACCCAGGUAGGCUUAUAGCACAAGAAAAUGUGUAAAACAACGAUGUUUAAAAUAGUGAAAAUCUUGCAUAAUAUCGCUUUAAACAAAACAUCAGAUGAGGAGCCUACUAUGUAGUGUGCCUUUUUUGUUGAUAGACUUGAUCUUAACAAGGAGGUUAUAGCAAUAAUGAAAUGAAAUGUUGCAUAGUUAUGUAACUAAUUCUGAAAUUUCAAUAGCAUUUUAAUUGUCUGGUGCCAUAAAAGUGUGCAAUUAACUACCUCACGAUUUUUAUCAUGGUUGUUUAAUCACAAUUACAUCUAUUAUGAAACUUUCACAAUGAAAGAUUUUAGAAGUUUUGAUAGAACUGUGUUCUACAUUUUAGCAAUAAAGAUUUUACUCAUAUGAGCAGUCUAAAUGGUUAUCUAACUAAUGCUGAAAUUUCAAUACUAUAGCAUUUUAUUGUCUGGUGCCAUAUAAGUGUGCAAUCAACUAUUAAUACCUCACGAUUUUUAUCAUGGUUGUUUCAUCGUAUCUACAUUGUAUUAUGAAACUUUCACAUUGAAAGAUUUUAGAAGUUUUGAUAGAACUGUGUUCUACAUUUUAGCAAUAAAGAUUUUACUCAUAUCAUAAUUCUGAAAUUUCAAUACUAUAGCAUAUAAUUGUCUGGUGCCAUCAAAUUGUGCAAUCAACUACCUCACGAUUUUUAUCAUGGUUGUUUAAUCACAAUUGCAUCUAUUAUGAAACUUUCACAUUGAAAGAUUUUAGAAGUUUUGAUAGAACUGUGUUCUACAUUUUAGCAAUAAAGUUUUUACUCAU